AUGAGCACAGAGAACAAGACUGAAGGCGUGAUCCAGGCCGGCAAUUUGUACCGCAAGCGCGCUGGUCUAUUUGCCAAACUUACGGGUGGCAAACAGCUCGUUUACGUGGAGGCCAAUGAUAAACUCAAGAACGUGACAGUAUUUGAAUCCGAGACGAACAAGACCACGCCUCUUGCUAUUGUGGACCUCUCAUCUGAUGCAAAUGUCGAGUUUGAUACGUCUAUGACGAGCGGUAUAAAGCUGUCAAACGGUACCAUUACGGAGACUCUUGCUGCUGAGAGCAAGGAGAAACAGGAGGAAUGGCUCAAUGCAUUUAUUAACGCUGGUGCACAGUACCGAGAGGUGUUUAACAUGGAAGACACGGCCAAGAUCAAGUCGUUCUAUGAGCUGAAAGACUUUGACAUGGCCCGCAACGAAGUGUCAAUGGCCAAGUACAAGGGCAAAGUGGUGUUGGCCGUGAACGUAUCGAGCAAGUGCGGUCUGACGCCCACGAACUACCCGGAGCUGCAACAGCUGUAUGCAAAGUACAAGGACGAGGGUCUGGAGGUCCUGGCGUUCCCAUGCAAUCAGUUUGCUGGUCAGGAGCCGGGCACACACGAAGAGAUUAUGGAGUUCGUAAAGCAGUACAAUGUGACGUUCCCGUUUUUUGAGAAGCAUGACGUGAAUGGCGCAACGGCUCGUCCGGUGUUCACGUACCUCAAGGCAAAGCUGCCUGGGACGUUCGGGAACUACAUCAAGUGGAACUUCACCAAGUUUUUGGUAGACCGCAAUGGUCAGCCGUUCAAGCGUUUUGCACCAAAGGACCGUCCACUGUCAUUUGAAGAGGAUGUCAAGACGUUGUUGGCCCAAAAGGCCUCGGACGAAUGA